AGCAGGCGUGUAAAGUGUCAUGGAGGCCGCUAUGGCAGUGAAGCAGGCAAGGGCGCGAGGAGGAGGAGGAGGAGGAGUGAGCUCGGUUGCGAUCCUCUCUCUGCUCAUGAUGGCCAACAUCGCGGAGUCCUUUUCUUUCUCCCGCAUUCCAUGCAUGACUGUGAGCAGGCAUGUCAGCAAGCAUGUUAUCCCUCGCAGCAGCAUUACACGGCUUGCGAGUGCAGUGAAAGCCCGCUCCCUCAUGACCCCUCUGCUCCGAAUGGCAGCUGAGGUGGACAGUGAGGGGGUCUCCGAAGAGACGAUGCAGGAUUUCUGGAUUGCGGCAGAGGACGGGAACGUGGCGAGGGUGUCGGAGCUCAUCGCUACCGGAAUCGCAGUAGAUUCGGUGCAGACUGACGACUCCUACGAGCUGUCCGGGCUUGCAGAUCGGAACCGUGAUCAGACCUCUGGAGGGACUACGGCGCUUCACAUCGCCAGCAUGUUUGGACAUGCUGAUCUGGCCAGGAUGCUGCUCGAGAAGGGAGCAAGUGUCGCCUCGACAACUCCAGAGUCCAACACGCCCUUGCAUGUCGCCGUCAUCAACCAGAACAAAGACGUCAUCCGGGUUCUCGUGGAAGCUGGGGCGGAUGCAGAUGCUGAGAACGCGUUCGAGGAAUCCCCCAAGUCAAUCGCCAGGAUGAUGAACUUGAGCUCGGACGUCCUCGCCCUCCUUGAGGGCGGCAAGUAGACACUUUUAAGAGCUCGAGGUUCAACGGUUACCGGCCGGUCGCCGGGCGGCGGCGUUGAAUGCACUGCGGCAUCAUGGCAUAGUCAACGACGAGUCCGC